GCGUGCCACACAUCAAAUCCAAGCGACAGAAGCAGCAUGGGGGAACGCAAGGUCUUGAACAAGUACUUCCCGCCGGACUUCGACCCGAGACUCAUCCCUCGGCGGAAGAUCCCAAAGAACAAGCAGAUUGAGGUGCGCAUGAUGUUACCGUUUUCGAUCCAGUGCAAUGCGUGUGGCGAGUUCAUGUACCAAGGGAAGAAGUUUAACUCGCGCAAGGAAGACGUGAUGGACGAAGACUACUUUGGCGUCAAGAUCUUUCGGUUUUACAUUCGAUGUUCCAUGUGCUCCAACGAGAUCACGUUCAAGACUGAUCCGAAGAACGGGGACUAUGCCACCGAACACGGAUGCAAACGGAACUUUGAGCAGUGGCGCGAGCGCGAAGCUGACGAGGCAGCCAUUCUCAAGGAACGGGAGGAAGAGGAGAAAGGAGACUCGAUGAAGGCAUUGGAGAAUCGAACGUUGGACUCGAAGCGGGAAAUGGACAUCAUCGACGCCCUCGACGAGAUCAAAGCGAUCAACCAGCGCCAUGCCAAGGUCGACACGGAUGCGAUUUUGACCAAAUUCAAACAAGUGGACGAGCCGGCGCCGUCCGAACACAUAUUGGACGAAGCUGCCAUUCAGGCACAAAUGGAAGCCUUCCGCAAGCGAAAGCUAGCGCCCACCGAGUCGAUCAACGUCGCCAACAAGGUGGCGAAAUCCAGUGGUGCCGGGUUGACCUCCGAUCACACAAACAACGACGUGGUGGUGGCACCCAAACCAUCGAUCAAAAUCAAAGCCAAAACGCCAAAGACUAACAAGAUAGCAGCGUCGAAACCAGUGAAAGCGCCCGUGGUGGCGCUAGUGGGAGCCUACAGCGACAGCAGCGGCGAUUCGUCGUAAGAAUAAACACUCGGGAUUCCAUUUGCGUGCUUGUUACGACGUAAGCUUCCUUAGCCUUGGUACGGCGUGAUCAUGUUUUUCGCAAAUGACUUGAGCGCCGGCACGCCGCGCACUUCUUCAUUGAGCAGCGGCAUUUCCAACACGUGAAAGUCUUCGUACAAGUCAUAGAUUUGGUCCAAGUACUUUUGCUGCAUCUUUUGCCGCGCCGAGCAAUUGUUGCAUGUCGACCCUACCACGUGACCGUUAGAUCUGUGGAUUUGAUAUAUAUAUAUCGAAUAUAUAUAUAUAUUCCGCAAUGGAAAAGG